CCUCCGCUCGCUCUCUCUUCCGGGUACUGAUGCCUUUCAUGCUGUGACCGUGUUUUCCUCCCACUUUUUGUCGCCCAGGGAGCAGGAUGCUGGAUUCGCUGCCCUGCUGUCGUCCUUUGCGAGCAAUCAGGUGAAAUGUACCGAAUGGCAAAGGUGUCACGUGGAUGUGGGAUCCGCUGCACGACGCGCUGCUCUAUCUGAGGUGCUGCAUGCUAUUGUUGGCAUAUCAGAAUACCCGGAUCCAUCCUGCAGCGUGUUAUCACGAGUGUUGUUGUAAUAGCAUUGACACGCAUACGGGCGUGCCCUUGUGUGGCGGCAUUAGUUGGUAAACAGCAAACCUAUUCGAGACCAAGAUGCUACAGGGCUCCAGUAUCUUGGGGCACGAGAGGCCCCUGGUCAUCAGGCUAUCAUUCGGCGCCUGUGUUGGGUUUACUGUGUGCCUACCACUGAUUGGACUAAUAACCUGCAUCUUUAUAUCCUCUGUUUAUCAUUAUGACGACUCUACUGGUACACAUUGCCGGGUCCCUAAUUACUUGCCAUCCAUCAGUGCCUCAAUAAGCCUGAGCCCAGAGUGCCACAUAUGGCGGUUCUGUAUCGGACUGCACUCGGCUCCGAGGCUCCUGGUGGCAUUCACCUACUUCAAAUUUUACAAGGCACGGUUUGCCUCGAGGUUCCCGGAGAGUUCACUCGGUUGCUUCAGUCUGGCCUUUUCCGUUUGUGAAAACCUCGGCCUCAUGCUCCUCACGUAUGUGUCAUCGAAUGAAACGUACUUUGUACACAAGGAAGGCUUUGUGCUCUUCCUUGCCAGUUCCCUUUUCUACAUGGCGAUUACUUGCCGUUUAUGGAAGACUAUUAAGAAGAAUUCGUUGAGUCCUGAGGAUGCCAAGUCUCACUGUUGGAAAGUGCGCUUCUUACUUCUUAAUGUGUCCUUCUGUGGUUUGGCUGGAUUCUUCUAUUGGAAACACAACAUGUACUGCGAAUCAGGGAGUUACACUUUAUUUGCCCUGUUUGAGUACCUAGUGGUUGUCUCCAACAUGGCCUUCCAUCUCACAGCAGUGUGGGACUUUAAGAACCGGGAGGUCAUGGUGAUUUCGUCCUGCGAAGACAAAGACUUCUGACUAGAACCUCAAGCACCAAGUGCUGAAUGUAUAACCACACUUUUACCUGAUGGGAACAGCCUUAAUACUGCACAACUGGGAUGAGUGGGAUGAAGGCCCUCUCCACAUAUUUCCACGAGGCCAGACAAGCACAUGUGCCACUGUACAGGCAAUUCAGUGAUCCCCAAGUGCUUUUUUGCCUCAGUGUCUCAUUCACAGAUAACUUCACCUACACACAGUAGUACAUGUUAUGUAAUGUGAAAUCUCAACUUUUGUACAAAGCACAACAAGAUGUGGUCUUACUGUAUGUGUGCCAAAGUAAAGUGACAGUAAUUCAAAAACAACUAGAUGCUUGGUCUACUUAUUUCAAUACAGUCAGUGGUUGAAAUCAUGCAGCAGUUGUCAAAUGUGAACAAUCUGUACUACAUGUGGCCGUAUUGCCCCUUAACUUUGACCCAGAACUUCAUAGUGCUGUAUACAAAUGCAAAUCAAUGAAGAAAAAUGUGUUAGAGGCACGUCAUUUACCUUGGUGAAUGUAUUUUACACAUAAUGAUGCUUUUCCAUAAUCCUUGCAAAACUUCAAUCCUUAUGGGAUGUAAGAUAGAUAUGUCUACUUAAAAUAAUGGUGUUUCGAAAUGAGUGUAGCCCAAAGCAAAAUACUCUACCCUUACUAAUACCCUUAAGUGCUUUUCUAUCCCCCCCUCAAAGCCGACCUGGAUGACGGACGUAUUGGCAAGUACUAGCAUGAAUU